CCGCGAUGCAUUGUGGGCGCUCCCUUUAGAUCCAAGAUGGCGGCCAGCAGGAGGCUGAUGAAGGAGCUUGAAGAGAUCCGCAAAUCUGGGUUGAAAACUUUUUGUAACAUCCAAGUGGACGAAGCCAAUUUAUUGACCUGGCAAGGACUUAUUGUACCAGAUAAUCCUCCCUAUGACAAGGCAGCUUUUCGGAUUGAAAUAAACUUCCCAGCAGAGUACCCGUUCAAGCCCCCCAAGAUAACAUUCAAAACCAAAAUCUACCAUCCGAACAUAGAUGAGAAGGGCCAGGUAUGCCUGCCAGUGAUCAGUGCUGAAAACUGGAAACCAGCAACUAAAACUGACCAAGUCAUCCAGUCUCUUAUUGCCCUGGUCAAUGACCCUCAACCAGAGCAUCCACUGCGUGCAGAUCUAGCCGAAGAAUAUUCAAAGGACCGUAAAAAAUUCUUAAAGAACGCUGAAGAGUUUACAAAGAAAUAUGGAGAAAAACGACCAGUGGACUAGCAAUCCGGGCCCAUGCGCCAGUGGAAAAAAAACACAAAAAAACAAACACAAAUUCAAAAAGCGCAACUGAAGAAUUGGAGUCAGCAAGUUCAGAAUCCCCUCCCUUACCUUCCCCUAAAAACAUACACCCAAGACAGGACUUCGAGGGAACAUUGAAAAGAGGUGCAGUGUCAACCCACGGCUCUUGCUCCACUCACCUUAAACUAGUCACCUAGAUAAACUGCAAAGUUGAGGAUUAACAAGAAAAAAAAGUUUGAAAUGGAAGUGCGAUUUUGCGCUCUUAAAGAAAAUUCCACUGUUCACUACUUUGCCAUAUCUAACCACAGAAAAAAUGUGUAUACUGUUUUGCUUUUUUCCUACAUAAAACUGAAUGAAAAGGCCCCUACUCUGUUUUGCCUUAGGGUUUAAAUGUAUAGUUGCAGUUUUUUUUCUCUUUUUUAAAUUAACUUUUUUUCCUUCAUUACUUAAUACAUUUUGGACACUCCUUGACAAGGUCCUUCAUUUGUUUGAUUUUAGUCUGUUACCUCCACCUCCUCCACCAUAUGCCCUUCAGCUCCAAACUCUGUGUGUCCGCUACCUUGGUGCUGAAGGGUUUAUAGUGCCAUCUUGGCUCUGACAGAACCCUCAAAGGGAGGGUAUAGUUGAACAUUUGGCUCUUAGGUUUCCUUUCUUUCAAUGUUGCACUGUGCUUUGUGGGACUCGGUAAGUUCUCCUCCAGUUUGUAACAUAAAAAUAAAAUAAAAAAAGGAAAAAAAAUGUCAGAA